UUCCAUCAGCCGCAUGCUUUCUUCCAAAUACCCUCACUAGUCACUACUACAUCCUACACACUCUCAUUCUGAUUCGCACACACCUAUAAAUCCCAUUGACCCCCCAAUCCUUUCUCUCACCUCAACCUCAACCUUCCACUCUCAAACUUCCCUUUCCUUAGCUGCUACUAUCUUUUCUUUCCUCUGUUACAUCCCCUUCCUCCUAACACACAUCCAAAAUCCCAAAUGGCUGUCUCAGGUUUUGAAGGGUUUGAGAAAAGAUUGGAGCUUCAUUUCUUUGGCGAUGAUCCAGCCAUGUUCCCACUUGGUAUAAGGAAGCUUGAGUUUGAGUCACUAGAACAAGUCCUUGAAGCAGUCCAAUGCACUGUGGUUUCCGCAGUUGGCAACUCAUACUUUGAUGCCUACGUGUUAUCAGAAUCAAGCCUCUUUGUUUACCCAACAAAGAUCAUCAUCAAAACUUGUGGCACAACCCAGCUUCUGAAAUCCAUUCUUCCCUUGAUCCACUACGCUCACCACUUAGGCCUAACCCUCUCCUCUUGCCGCUACACCAGAGGAAGCUUCAUCUUCCCCAAAGCACAACCUUUCCCUCACACUAGCUUCAAGGACGAAGUCACCUACUUGCAAGACACCAUCCCUUCAAGCCUCUGCUUCAGAAAAGCCUCCAUCAUGCCCUCCAAAUCCUCCUCUCACUCAUGGCACGUUUUCACUGCCAAUGAUAAUAACAUACACACACACACUCCCACGCCUUAUGAUCAUGAGUUAUUCACCAUGGAGAUCUGCAUGACCGAGCUGGACCCCAUCCUGGCACGCAAGUUUUUCCGGCGACCGGAAGACGAAAAAACCGGCGACUCUGCAGGGAAGGAGAUGACGGAGCUCACCGGAAUCAACGAAAUCAACCCGGAGGCACUUAUCUGCGACUUCGCGUUCGACCCGUGUGGGUAUUCGAUGAAUGGCAUGGACGGGGACUGGUACUCCACCAUCCACGUGACUCCGGAGGACGGUUUCAGCUACGCGAGCUUCGAGUGCGUGGGAUCCGUCAACGGCAACAUAGGACACGUGUUGAGGAAGGUGGUUCAGAUUUUCCGUCCUGGGACUAUGUCAAUAUCGACCACGUGCAAUGGCUUCAGCAACGACAUCAUGUGGACGCAGAUGGCUGGCGCGGUGGAGCCUCUCGGCUUGAAAUGUAGGAGUUGCGCAAUGGACAAGUUCCCCAACGCGGGUACAGUCGUGUUUCAAACGUUCACUCCUCGCCGGAAAAAUGUUUAAAGCCGGAGAAAUAAAAUAAAGCAGAGCGGCGGCGGGUGGAUAAAAGAUAUAAUAGGUAGGAAGUUAGAGUUAGUUGAAAAUUGUAGGGGGGGUGGUGACGUGGCAGAAUGUGAUUGGUUGUGAAGGAUGAUGAAUGUGGGUGGUAAGUAGAAGAGGAUGGAGAUGGAGGAGGGAUUAAUUCAUCUUUGGAAUAUUAUCAAAAAGGAAGGUAAGCUAAGCUAAGGGGGAGAGUGGGGAAGGUUGGGAUACUGGGAGGAUCAUCAUAAUGCACCCCACUUAGGCUUGUCACGCCUAAGAUUUUUGGAGAUGUGUAGUGGGUGUAAAAGUGCUCUUGUUUGAGGUUUAUAUUCAACUUUCUUUCUUUUGUUUCC